AUGGAGGGAUAUUUCGAUGUCAAAUCCUUCGGUGCAAUUGGAGAUGGGAUCAUCAAUGACUCUUUUGUAAUUCAGAAAGCAAUAGAUGAAGCUGCUGGAACAGAUGGUAAGGGAGGAGUAGUUUGGUUUCCUCUAGGCACGUAUCUCAUCGAUCCUGGCCCGCGCAUUGAUCGUGGAAUCUAUGUUGCUGCUCCCCUGAUUCUCGCUGGUGCUGGAAUGGGGGUUCCAUUCGGCAACCCCCUAGAGUCAGACCAUAUUAUAACGAAGGGUUCGAAACUUUUUGUCACCAAUACCGAUAUUGUCCCGGUCUGGAUCAGCGGUUAA